UCAACGCAAUAGGAUAGUGCAGAUGUCGCUCAAAAACAAAGACAUGUCCAGCAAUGUCCAGUCUUGCUUGGUAUUUAAUCUUUGUUUAAUGAAAAUCUGUUGGGUUAUGUUAGAGAAUAGAUGCCUGCAUUUAACAACAAAUAAUUAAUGACAUUAACGUCGUGUAGCGUUUAUAAAAAGAGUCGAGAGAAGGUUCAGCAUACAAUAUUAGUUGCUGUAAGUAUUAUAAAAAGAAGAAAAAUCAUACAUUGUUUAUACAUUUACAAUAUGUUAUAAAUUUUGAUAUAAUAAAGCAUUAUGUAAAGGCAAUGGGUGAAAAAUGAAUACUUUAAAUAAUUCUGUUAUAAUUUGCGAUACACCUAAAAAAUUACCUAAGAAGAAAGUUUCAUUGGGAACAAGAAAGGAACAGAAGGGUGUGAAAAAGACUUUUUAUGAAAGUCCUUUGAAACAUAUUCAAUUAAGCAGCAAAAGAUGGAAACAAAUACAGGCACAACGAAAAUUAAUGAAAGAUGCUAAACAAAUUAUCAAUAAUAAAAAGAAUUCUUCCUUGUUAAUAAAAGAGGCAUCUUUCCAAGAUAGCAUAAUUAUUUUAAGUGAUAAUGAAAGUGAAUCAAGCAAUCAAAAUGAUCAAAGUAACUGUACAAAGAAAAGAAAGAGAACAAAAACUCAGGAAAUAUUGGUACAAGAUGAUCAAAAUUCUCAAUGUUCACAUGAUUCAAAUAAGUCUAUGUGUCAAAGUGAAACUGAAAUAGAAAAAUGUCCAAAAAGAAGAAAAAAAAAUUCUGUAUUAUCUGAUCCUAACGCAACUUGUCUUUUGUUAUCAGAUACAGAAGAUUCUGAAAUUGUAUCUGUUGAUUUAGAUAAUGAGAAUAUAGCACCAGCUUCAGGUUCUUUGAAUCAGAGUUCAGAUGAUAUUGUUGUAGUAUGGUCAUCUAAAAAAUCAUCUCCAUUGUCUACAAAUUAUUCAGGUGGUGAAAAACCUUUGACUGAAGAAGAAAAUAAAAUUUUUAUGGUAGAUUGUUGUCCAAAUCCGGAAAACCUUAGUUUGUUAGAGUGCAAUCAAGAAUCAACAUCUAAUGAAUGCGAAGAAAAUACUGAAGUAAAAAAAGAUAAAGGUACUGAAGAUAAUGAAGACACAAGCGAUGAAGAACAGGAUCCUAAGUAUCUACCAUUCAGUAAAAAGGGACUAAGAUUGCCUAAAGCUCAUAAUAUAAGUAAAACGCUUAAAAUAAAGAGACCAAAAAGAAAAAGUGCAUUUCUACAAUAUAGAAGAAUGAUGGCAAGAUUCUCUAAUAAAAGAAUUCCAGUUACAUGCACGCAAACAGCGUCUAAGUUAGUCGGUGAUGAACCCUUUCAAAUUAUAACUGGUGUUAAAGUAACCAAAUUUCAACCUCCUAGAUUUGAACAACCUAGAUUUGAACCACCUAGAUUUGAACUAUCUAACUUUGAACCACCUAGAGUUGAACCACCUAGAAUCGAACCACCUAGAGUUGAACCAUCUACAGAUGAACUAUUUGGACUUAACCCAUCUAGAGUCGAACCAGCUAGCUCGAAUUCGUCUGAAAAAUUAAGAGACGAAUCAGCUAGCUCGAAUUCAUCUAAAAAAUUAAGGGAGAUAAUUAUUGAUGGCAACAAUGUAGCUAUGGCGUACAAAAAUAAUAGAAUGUUUUGUGAAGAAGGAAUAAUGUUAGUUAUGGAUUAUUUUCAACGACGAGGUCAUGAUGUAAAGGUAUUUAUACCCCAAUACAGAAGGUCACGGACCAAUCUAUCACUUGAAAAAUUAUAUAAAGAAGGGGUAGUAAUUUUCACACCAAGUCGUAAAAUCGGUGGCAGAUCGAUCGUUCCUUACGACGAUAGGUUUAUAUUAGAGUAUGCCACAGUAAGCGGAGGUAUUGUUAUUUCUUCGGAUCAAUAUAGGGAUUUAUAUCGAGAAAAACCGGAAUGGCGCGAUACAAUCGAAAAUAGAUUGUUGGCACCAACAUUUGUUGGAAAUUAUGUUAUGUUUCCUGAAGAUCCAUUAGGCCGAAAUGGCCCUAAUCUCGAUGAAUUUUUAAGACAUUAAAGGUACUAAAGAUAGUAAACCUAAUGUACAUAUUACUGACUUAAACUACGUAAACAUGUUUCCGUAAUUUCUUUUAUAAACAAUAUUUUCUUAAGCAUCAUACUCUAUAAAUGUAUAAAAAUGUACAUAUCUAUAUGUUUGGUACACAAGUAAGUACUUGGGAAUAUUUCCGGCAACAAUUAUUCCUAAUAACAUAUAAUUUAUCAUUGUGAAAUAUUGAAAAAUAUUUAACACCAAAAGGUUAAUGAUUAAUAACAUCUAAAAAAUACGAAACUAAUUAGUACAUUACCUUUUCAUUUGUCUUACACUAAUAAAACAAGAUGAUUAAAUUGAAAA